ACAAUGCCUAUACAGAUCAUGCUGUGAAAAUGGUUAUACAUGUACAACUUCAGCUCCUGGAAAGAAAUAUUGAUAGCAGAUGGAAUUUUGUAUAAUUGAGAUCUUCAUGUUGAUACAGUAUAGGAAACACUGUGGAAUUGUUUUCUCCAGCAACUGUGAAUGGUGACUGACUCCAACUGGUGCUAAUGCAGAUAAGGAAAAUGCCUACCAUUAAAAAAGAGGAGUGCAUGGAUACAAGGAGUGGUAUGGAGAACAUCCUUGUGUUAAAUUCUAAUAUGACAGAUAUAUCUGAAUCAAUGGACUCUAGCAAUGACAUGUUGUACAAUGAAGGUGGUAUUGGGAAAAACAAGUCGUCAUCAUGUCGUAGGAAAAGGGAAUUCAUUCCUGAUGAAAAGAAAGAUGCUAUGUACUGGGAGAAGAGAAGGAAAAAUAACGAGGCUGCAAAAAGAUCACGAGAGAAGCGCAGACUAAAUGACAUGGUUCUUGAAAAUAAACUCCUUGCACUAGGAGAGGAGAAUGCUAACCUGAAAACGGAACUGCUGUCUUUAAAACUUAAGUUUGGUUUAAUAAGUUCUGCAUCGUAUGCUCAAGAGAUACAAAAGGUUACAAACACCACAGCUGUAUAUUUUCAGGAAUAUGCAGCUGCCAAAUCCAAUGCGACGUCUUUCUCAGGAGAUCAUGAACACCCUCUCAUGACCAGUAGCUGCAUUUCUGUAAUCAAGCACUCCCCUCAGAGUUCUCUGUCAGAUGUAUCUGAGACCUCAUCUGGAGACCAUAUUCAACCAAACCCCUUUCAGGGCAGCUGCAGAACACCUGAAAUGAAGUUCCAAAGGAUUAAGCGGGAACCCUUAGAGAUAGAGACCUUUCCUCGGGAAUCUAGAGAGGAGAACCCUUCCUACACCCCAUCUGUCUAUCAGAACUAUAUUAGAAGCACAUUUCCUAGUUAUUCCCAUUCUCCUCCCCUCCUACAAAUCAACAGUUCCUCCAGUAACUCUCCAAGGACAUCAGAGACUGAUGAGGGUGUGGUAGGAAAAACUUCUGAUGGGGAGGAUGAGCAGCAGGUUCCAAAAGGUCCCAUUCAUUCCCCUAUUGAACUAAAAAAUGGUCAUACAACAGUAAUAAAAGUUCCAGAAGUGAAUUCCUCUGCACUGCCCCACAAACUGCGAAUUAAGACUAAAGCUAUGCAGGUCAAAAUGGAAGCACUGGAGAAUGAGUUUACUGCCACACAAAAACUGGCUUUGCCAAUUGACAUGUCCUCAAAAAAGCACUUUCCACUCGAAAAACAUAAUAGCGAAGAUCUGGUACAUUCAUCUUUGUCUGUUCAAGUGACUAAUAUGCCAGACUGGCCUAUUAAAUCAGGACAGUGGCAACAUAAGGAACUUGAAAAAAUCCCAAAUAUUUGCAAAACUGCUGGAAUUGUUGGUAUGACGGACAAUGUUUACAAGGCUACUGAGCCAGAGAGCUUGUAUUUAAAACAAGGCAUUGCAAAUUUAUCUGCUGAGGUUGCCACGCUGAAAAGACUCAUAGUUGCCCAAGAAAUCUGUACUUCAGAUUCCAGCUAAGUUACUACUGAAAUUAAAUUUGAUGCUUAAUGUAAUAAAGGGUGUUGUUUGCAGUAAAUUGAUAUGUUUUGUAAAAUGCUAAUUUUCACUGGACCUGUGAUGUCAUUCACUGUUCUGUUCUUGUAAUAUGUCUUCUAAAUAUUGUCUUUUGUGCACAAUUAUUCUGACGAUUGUGUUAUUAUGAUCACUUUGCCUUGUGUACAGUUAGGUAGCAAUUGCAAGGUUGUAAAUAUCUUAUACAUUAUUUUUGCUGGUCUGUUAUAAACUGUGCAAGUUGCCAUGUAUAAUAAAGUUUUGGUGACAAUUA